AUGAAACCCAUCCAGUUUGAGGAGGUUCAGAAGGCAGUUUUUAGUAUGGUGGGGGACAAAGCUCCGGGGCCGAAUGGUUUCCCGACCUUUUUGUAUCAAACCUUCUGGGAUAUAGUAGGAAAAGAUGUUUGGGAUAUGGUGGAGGAGUCACGGAGUAAGGCGAAUGUAGCAAAGGAACUGAAUUGCACGCUUCUAGACCUGAACCCCAAGGUGGAACAUCUUACUUCUUUUAAUGAAUUCAGGCAAAUUUCAUUGUGUAACACCAUCUAUAAAGUGGUAGCGAAAGUGAUUUCAAAUCAAUUGAAGCCAAUUCUAAAUCACAUUAUUUCAGAAGAACGGAGUGGCUUUGUCCUAGGUAUAUCGAUUGUUGAAGGAAUAAUAAUUGCACAUGAAGCUAUUCAUACUAUACGACAAGCAAAGGUGGACCGUAUGUUGAUCAAGCUAGACAUUAGGAAAGUGUAUGACAUGGUGGACCGAGAAUUUCUGUUCCAGGUUUUGAAUAAGUUUGGUUUCUCAAAAGAGUGGAUUAAUUGGGUUCGUGCAUGUAUAGGGGGAGUGUGGACUUCUGCUUUGGUUAAUGGCAGCCCACAAGGAACCUCAGGAGUUGGGGUAGUGGCGAGGGAUGAUAACGGAUCUAUCCUCUUCAAAGGAGCACAACGCUUGCAGGAUGGUAUGAAUAAUGAAGCAAAGGCUCAGGCGGCAUUUCUGGCAACUGAGUUGGCUUUAAAUAUGAAAGUACAAUGA